AUGUUCUGUAGCUUAUCCAUCAUUUCCAGAUGUGUCUCGAGGAAGACAACAUCGUCUCUUCUUCUCUCUCGAAAUUUCAGAUUCCUUGCCUCCGUGCCUCACAUCGCCUCCUCCUCCUGGCUUCUACGCCCGACGAAUACCCGUAUCCCUUUCUUCUUCUUCUCAUCCUCCUUCUCCCGCCGUAUUUGGGACUCGAGCGGCGGAGGAGACGAUUACGACCACAUCAGAGCUGACGUCAACUGCCCUCGCUGCUCUGCUCAGAUGCUCGUCGUCUUCUCCAACCGCCCCUUGUCCCUUACCGCUAGAGAACCAGGGAUCUAUCAGGCUGUUAAUUUCUGUCCUCAAUGCAAAACUGCUUUCUACUUCAGGCCAUUCAAGCUCGCUCCGCUUCAAGGGAGCUUUAUCGAACUCGGUAAGAUCAAAGCAGGAAGAGAACGCGAUGACGACGAUGCUGAUGAUGAUAUUCGUCAUCCUAGAAAUUGGAAAAUUCAGGGUCUCAGAAACAAAGAAGAUGAGGAGGAGGAAUCUAAUGACAGUGAUAAAGAGAAGCAACCCGUAAUGAAGCUUCCAACUCCCAAGGAAAUCUGCCAGGGGCUAGACGAGUUUGUCAUUGGCCAGGAAAAGGCAAAGAAGGUGCUUUCUGUGGCUGUUUAUAAUCAUUACAAAAGAAUAUAUCAUGCUUCCCAGAUAAAAGGGUCUGCUUCAGAAUCAGAUAACCUUGACAUGGAGGAUGAUAACAUCGAUCACGUGGAGUUGGAUAAGAGCAAUGUGUUGUUGCUUGGCCCUACUGGUUCAGGAAAGACCUUACUGGCAAAAACUUUAGCGCGUAUUGUCAAUGUGCCAUUCGCCAUUGCUGAUGCGACUUCAUUAACUCAGGCAGGUUAUGUUGGUGAAGAUGUGGAAUCAAUAUUGUACAAGCUAUAUGUGGAAGCUGGGUGCAAUGUAGAAGAAGCUCAAAGGGGAAUUGUGUACAUUGAUGAAGUUGAUAAGAUGACUAUGAAGUCUCAUAGCUCUAAUGGUGGUAGAGAUGUCUCCGGAGAAGGUGUUCAACAGUCAUUACUAAAAUUGCUGGAAGGAACUGUGGUCAGUGUCCCGAUUCCUGAGAAAGGAUUACGGAGAGAUCCUCGAGGAGAUAGCAUUCAGAUGGAUACAAAAGACAUCCUUUUUAUUUGUGGUGGAGCAUUUAUUGAUCUGGAGAAAACUGUUUCCGAAAGAAAACAUGAUGCCUCUAUUGGAUUUGGUGCUUCCGUUCGUACAAACAUGAAUACUUCUGGGAUCAGUAGUGCUGCAGUAACAUCCUCCUUGUUGGAAUCUUUACAAAGUGAAGAUCUUGUCGCUUAUGGUCUCAUUCCUGAGUUCGUUGGAAGGUUACCCAUCUUAGUGAGCUUAUCUGCAUUAAACGAAGAUCAGCUUGUACAGGUUCUCACAGAGCCUAAGAGUGCAUUGGGUAAACAGUACAAGAAGUUAUUUCGCAUGAACAAUGUCCAACUGCACUUUACUGAAGGAGCAACCAGGCUAAUCGCAAGAAAGGCUAUGUCGAAGAACACUGGUGCACGUGGCUUACGGUCUAUACUAGAAAGUAUCCUCACCGAAGCAAUGUUUGAGGUACCAGAUAGCAUAACGGAAGGAUCACAAGGUAUAAAGGCGGUUCUGGUGGAUGAAGAGGCUGUCGGUUCGGUAGGAACACCAGGAUGUGGUGCAAAAAUUCUUAAAGGAGAUGAUAUGCUGCAACAAUUUCUUGAAGAAACUGAGCCAAAGGCAAGUUUAGUGUAG